AUGGGAGUUUUACAUUUUUUCUGGUGGUUAUGUUAUAAAUAUCCACAAAUCAUUGAAAAGGUCAACACAUCCGAUGAAUUCGAUAAUUUAUAUUUGGAUAUGAAUGGUAUUAUUCAUAUUUGUUGUAAUCAAGAUAAAGGGUCUUCUCCUGCUACAGAAGAAGAGAUGAUGAUGAAAAUAUGCGAUCACACUGAGCGGAUAUUUGAUAUGAUUCGACCUCAAAAAGUUUUAUAUAUUGCUAUUGACGGAGUAGCCCCUCGUGCUAAAAUGAAUCAACAGAGAUCUCGUAGAUUUAGAAGCGCACAAGAAGCACAAGAAGAAGCUCAAAAAAGGAGAUCUCGAGGUCAAUCUAUAGAUACAGAAAAAAAGUCAUUUGAUAGUAACUGUAUAACACCAGGUACGCUUUUUAUGGCAAUUGUUGCAUUAUCUUUACGAAAUUGGAUCGCAUAUAAACUUAACAAUGAUCCAGGAUGGAGUAAUUUAAAGGUCAUAUUAUCUGAUGCGAGUGUACCAGGUGAAGGUGAACAUAAAAUUACGCAAUUUAUUCGUGUACAACGUGCUAGUAAUCCUAAUACUCGUCACGUAAUAUAUGGCUCGGAUUCUGAUCUCAUAUUCCUUGCGUUGGCUACACAUGAACCUCAUUUUAGAGUGCUACGAGAAAACCAACAAAAGUCGGUUUUUGAUAUUAUAAACGUUCAAGUUUUUCGAGAAUAUUUGAAAAAGGAACUUGAAGUAUCCAGCUUGCCCUGGUCAUUUAAUUUGAAAAAUGCGAUCGAUGAUUGGGUCUUUCUUAGCUUUUUCGUGGGUAAUGAUUUUCUUCCUCAUAUUCCGUUUUUGGAUAUCAAGGAAAAUGCGAUAGACAACUUGAUUACUAUAUGGAAAAGAUGUCUUCCAUCAAUGGGUGGUUAUUUGACAAAUAGUGGAGAUUUGGAUUUAAAAAGGUUGCAAAACUUUAUUACAGAACUUGAUAACGAAGAUAAAAACGCUUAUAUUCAAUGGUAUAAAAAAGCACAAGACUCAACAAAGAAUACGGAUGAUUAUAACGCUAUAACUAGAAGAUACUAUGAACAAAAAUUUAAAGAUAUUCAUCCAGAUGAAGAAUUUCGGAAGAAAAUUGUAAAAAAUUAUAUUGAAGGCCUUUUUUGGACUUUGGAAUAUUAUCGUCGGGGAGUUCCUUCUUGGACAUGGUAUUAUCCUUACGGUUACUCACCAUUUGCAUCAGACUUGAUAAAUAUGGGUGACAUUAAACCUGAAUUCAAAUUAGGUAAGCCAUUUAAACCAUUCGAACAAUUAAUGUUUGUGUUACCGCCAUAUAGCAAGGAACUUUUGCCGUUACCAUACCAAAAGCUUAUUACUGAUGAAAGUAGUGAAAUAAAAAAAUUUUAUCCUGAAUCAUUUGAAAUUGAUAAAAACGGGAAAAAACAAUUAUGGCAAGGAGUUGUUCUGCUUCCAUUUAUCGAUGAAUCACUUUUACUUAAAAACAUGAAAUCGGUAUCUUCUCAAUUAAAACCCUGUGAAAUUGAAAGAAAUUCUCAUGGUUUUGAUAUCCUUCUUUUUAGCAAUAAGCAUGAAUUAUAUAAUAAAUUGUAUCCUUUGUAUUUAGAAAGGAACUCAGUAGAGAUACCAUUAGAUCCAAUUGAAGAUAAAAUGAUUGGAUUAGUUUCAAGAGAUCCAAGUUAUAUUGCUUUUGACGGAUUGAGUGUAAGAUAUCGCACAGAAUCUUCCAGUAAUUCAUGA